AUGCGAGUCGUCUUCGACGCAUCGUCGAGGGCACGAGGAUGCAAGUUUCUCAAGGAGUGCUUAGAGAACGGCGACAACUUGUGCCAAGACCUCGUAAGGGUAUUGCUGCGCUUCAGAAUGCACCCUAUCGCCAUAAUGACGGAUAUUAAGAAGGCUUUCCUUCAGAUUUUGAUAAAUGAAGAGAACCUAGAUGCCUUUCGAUUUCUCUGGUUCGAAGAAGGCGAUGUUGCCGAUUUUCAACGGAAGCAACCGCGGGCAUGGAGAAUGACCAGAAUAUCUUUUGGGGUGACCUGCAGCCCAUUUAUGCCGACAGCAACCAUUCUUCAUCACUUUAGAACAGCACCACCGAGCAUGAGCUUGACUGCCCCGACAUUGAGCGAAUCGUUCUACGUCGACGACUUUGUGAGAGGAGCUGAUACGGAAGACGAAGAUGCCGAGUUUUGUAAAGAGGAGCAACAGCUCAUGCUCUCGGCAGGCAUGAAUCCCCGAAAAUGGACGACAAACUCCGCGAUGCUUAUGAACCUAUUGUAA